CCCCGGCGAAGCGGGGUCGCCACCGCGGGUUCCUCCACUUUGCGAGCCUCGCGCACCGUGCUCCUCAUUACGCUGCAGCGGGCGGGGGGCGGCGGCUGGCGGCGGCGGCGGCAGUGGCCGCGAUGCUGAGUUCCCGGGCGCAGGCGGCGAGGACGGCGGCCGACAAGGCCCUCCAGCGCUUCCUGCGCACCGGGGCGGCCGUCAGAUACAAAGUCAUGAGGAACUGGGGAGUGAUCGGCGGAAUUGCUGCUGCCCUUGCAGCGGGAAUCUAUGUGAUCUGGGGUCCCAUUACAGAGAGGAAGAAGCGGCGAAAAGGGCUUGUGCCUGGCCUUGUCAACUUGGGGAACACCUGCUUCAUGAACUCGCUGCUGCAGGGCCUGUCUGCCUGCCCUGCGUUUGUCAAGUGGCUGGAAGAGUUUACCACCCAGUACUCCAGGGACCAGCAGGGGCUGCAUACGCACCAGUGCCUGUCCUUGACGCUGCUGAGCCUCCUGAAAGCUCUGUCCUGCCAGGAGGUCACCGAGGACGAGGUCCUGGACGCCAGCUGCCUGCUGGACGUCUUGAGGAUGUACCGAUGGCAGAUCUCGUCCUUUGAGGAGCAGGAUGCUCAUGAGCUGUUCCAUGUCAUCACCUCAUCGCUGGAGGACGAACGGGACCGCCAGCCUCGCGUCACCCACCUGUUUGAUGUGCAUUCCCUGGAGCAGCAGUCAGAAAUGGCUCCCAGACAAGUCACCUGCCACACGAGAGGGUCCCCUCACCCCACGACCAAUCACUGGAAGUCUCAGCACCCUUUCCACGGAAGACUCACCAGUAACAUGGUGUGCAAGCACUGUGAGCACCAGAGCCCUGUCCGGUUUGACACCUUUGACAGCCUUUCCCUCAGUAUUCCAGCUGCCACUUGGGGGCGCCCGCUGACACUGGACCAUUGUCUUCACCACUUCAUCUCAUCCGAGUCCGUGCGGGACGUGGUCUGUGACAACUGUACAAAGAUUGAAGCGAAGGGGACACUGAACGGGGAGAAGGUGGAGGACCAGAGGACCACGUUUGUUAAGCAGUUAAAACUAGGGAAGCUGCCACAGUGCCUCUGCAUCCACCUGCAGCGGCUCAGCUGGUCCAGCCACGGCACGCCCUUGAAGCGGCAUGAGCAUGUGCAGUUCAACGAGUUUCUGAUGAUGGACUUCUACAAGUACCGCCUCCUGGGACGCAGACCCAGCCAGCAUGGCCCCAAAGCCACUGAGAACCCAGGGUCUGCCCUGGAAGCACAGGACACGCAGGCAGCCCCAAAGCCAGGUCUGAGUCAGCCAGGGGCUCCCAAGACACAGAUCUUUAUGAAUGGCGCCUGCUCCCCAUCGUUGCUGCCGACCCUGCCUUCCCCCAUGGCCUUCCCUCUGCCGGUGGUUCCUGACUACAGCUCCUCCACGUACCUCUUCCGCUUGAUGGCAGUUGUCGUCCACCACGGAGACAUGCACUCUGGACACUUCGUCACCUACAGACGGUCACCUCCUUCUGCCAAGAACCCUCUCUCAACCAGCAACCAGUGGCUGUGGAUUUCCGACGACACCGUCCGCAAGGCCAGCCUACAGGAGGUCCUGUCCUCCAGUGCCUACCUGCUGUUCUAUGAGCGAGUUCUGUCCCGCGUGCCGCAGCAGGGCCGAGAGUAUCGGUCUGAGGAGUGACAGUCCAGCCCGGAGACAGGGCCCAUGGUGGGGUCCACACUGUCCAGGAGAAAAGCGGAGGCGUGCCAUGGGUACACGUGCCAGCCAGCCCACUAAAGCCGCGGCCUUCUGUGUAUUCUGAGAGCAGGCUCCACAAGGGAGCCAGCCCACACCACACAGCACUGCCAGGGUGACCUGGAAGAUGUCCUUGUGUGUCUAGAGCGUCUUACCUGACACAGCAAUUAAAAGACCCAGAUCCCAGAAGCCACCUUUUCUAUACUGCAAUGUGCUAGGUGUUCUCAGAGGGCCGCCUUUGGCUGAGCCCCUGACAUUUCACCAUAGAUCUUUAUUUUUAAUAAGGAGGCCCAUAAAUAUUAUUGGCAAGAAUUAGUGAAAUUAUUAAAAGGCAACAAUUCAGAAGGAAAGUGCCUUUGUUUCCCGUUGUUCUGAGACCAAGCAUGACCUCAGAGUCGCAGACACGGUGCUGGGAAAGCCCUGUCCUUCUGUCUUUCCUGCUGCUCAGAAGACAAAAGAACAGUUCACGAAUGCCUAAGAGAGCGAGUGAGGCAGGAGGAUUACUGCGAGUUCCAGGAAAGCCUGGGCUCUAUAAUUAAAACCUUUUGCCUCCCAAAGCCUCAAGAACACCUCCCCACCUUUGGGUAUGCCUUUUGUAAUCUUGAGUUCCCUGUGUCGUCAAGGUCACUUGCCAAACCCAUGGAGGAGAAGAGGCGAUAGCCUCUUCCUGAGCUGUGUCCACUGCACUGCUGAUCUGCUACAGAAGAUGGCUCUCUUCCUGUUGUUAGCUGCCCACAACAGUGUUUACAGGCCAGAGCCUGGUCAGGGUGACCUGAAGCCGGGCUAGGAGGAGCGGGCACUAACCCAGGCUUGCGUUCUCAGUCAGCCAUGGUGAAGAAGUGGCGAGACGCUUGAACUGAAGUGGAGCAGAUGUGUCUGCCCUUAGGCCUCAGGGCUCUACUCUCAGCGUGUCUCGUCACCACGUCAAGCAAAAGGCACACUGGGCUUCUCCCCUUUCCAGAACAGCCAGGGACAGGAUUGUGAUGGUGCAGUAGUACCUACGUGUUAGCUAAGUGUGUAAUUAAAAACAAACAAAGCGAUACCAAAUUCAAACUGAUUCUUGCAGUCUAAAGUUUAGAACCAGACCUAUCCAAAGGUUACUGAGGUAAGGCCAAGGGCGUGUCUUCUCUGCUUUGAGUAAGCUGGCAGGCGUUCCAGAUGUGCCUGAGCAUCAGCUAUGAGAUCAGGUCUCACUGUGCGUCCUGAGGACUCAAGACUCUGUGACUGUGCUGUGUGGGACCUCCACGCCACAGCGGCCCCAGACCUGGCUCUCCGUCUGAGAUGAACACAAAAGCGUCAGUCACUUGGGACCUCAGAGCACUGUGCAGGGCUGUGGGCCCCAAGCACCAGCCCUGCCGCUCCUGAGCUCAGCCCGGAAGAGGUGUGUGACGCUGCAGAGGCCCUAUGAGCCAAGGCUGUAGAUGUGUCAACCUGACAGAGAGCUAAUGUCCUUCCUCAUUUUGUAAAUUAUCACAUUAGGUAAUGACCAAUGAUGGUUCCUAGUUUUAAGUUAUUCACAGUAGGCAUCUUCUUCCUGGAGAAACUUAAGUUAAGCUAGUACUUCCGCCGUAGGCUGCUGAGUGUGGAUUUGCUAAAGCCUUUGUAUCUGCUGUGUACUAUUGCAAUAAAGAUGGUUUUGUUAGGAAACACCGA